AUGGCUCAGGAAUACAAGCUGAAGGGCCUUGCUUCCUUUGCGGAUCUCGCGCCCCUGGAGAAAAUCGAAUGCGAGGUUGAUGGCAUCUCAGAUGGCAAGGUGCUCGUAGUUAAACUCGACGGCGAGGUGCAUGCGAUGAGCCCGCGGUGCACGCACUACGGGGCGCCGCUGAAGAGCGGUGUUCUCGCGCCGGAUGGGCAGCUGAGGUGCCCCUGGCAUGGCGCAUGCUUCAAGGUCCGCUCCGGUGAUGUCGAAGAUGCACCGGCCCUCAACGCUCUGAAUAAAUUCGAUAUCCUCGAGCGUGAUGGCGGCGUAUAUAUUCGCGCCACUGAAUCGGAUAUCAAAGCCGGCCAGCGCAAUCCAGUCAGCAAAUGCACUGUUUCUAAUGCUGAAGAGAAAGUCGUGGUAGUUGGCGGAGGAAGCGGCACAAUUGGAGCCGUCCAGACACUCCGCGAACUAAAAUACCCAGGCAGCAUCACCAUCAUCUCCAAGGAGCCCGAAAUUGUCAUCGACCGCACCAAGCUCUCCAAAGCCCUAAUCGCCGACCCAGCCAAGAUUCUCUGGCGCCCGCGAGAGUGGUUCACAGAGGCCGGCAUUGACAUCAUCAAAGAUGAAGUUGCCUCCGUCGACUUCGCUGCCAAAACCGUCACCACAGCCACUGGCUCGACACAUCGCUACACGAACCUUAUCCUGGCAACAGGCGGCCAGCCGCGCACUCUGCCGCUUCCAGGCUUCCGUGACGAGCUAUCCAACGUCUUUGCCCUGCGCGACGUGUCAAACGUUCAGGAUAUCCUCGCCGCCGCGGGGGAUUCGAAGAAGAACAUCGUCGUAAUCGGCUCUUCCUUCAUCGGCAUGGAGGUUGGCAACGCGCUCGCCCAAAACCACGCCGUGACCAUCGUCGGCAUGGAGUCCGCGCCUAUGGAGCGCGUGCUAGGCUCCCGAAUCGGCGCAGUCCUCCGGCGGAACCUCGAAAAGAACGGCGUCGCCUUUAAGCUAUCGGCAGACGUGGAAAAGGCCACGGCCUCCGACGCGAACCCCACCGCCGUCGGCGCCGUCCAUCUCAAAGACGGCACCGUGCUUCCGGCCGACCUGGUCAUUCUCGGCGUAGGCGUGCGCCCGGCUACGGAUUUCCUGCGCGAUAAUAACGCGCUGUCGCUGCAGAAAGACGGCUCCAUUGCGACGGAUGAGCACUUCGCUGUCCCCGAGCUGAACGGUGUUUUCGCGGUCGGCGACAUCGCGACGUUCCCGUACUACGGGCCCGACGGGGAGGCAAGCCAGUGCGCAUCGAGCACUGGAACGUCGCGCAGAAUGCGGGACGGAUUGUGGCGCGCGCAAUCACGGGCGCCGCUGGCGUCGUUGCCGCCGAAGUCGUUUAUCCCGAUCUUCUGGUCUGCAGUGGGCGCGCAGAUGCGGUAUUGCGGGAAUACGGUGAAUGAUUAUGAUGAUAUCGUGGUCAAGGGGGAGCUUAGGGAGGCGAAGUUUGCAGCGUUCUAUGCUCGGGGGGAUGUGGUUGUUGCUGUUGCUACGAUGGGUAUGGAUCCGAUUAUGUCGAAGUGUGCGGAGUUGAUGAGGAGGGGGCUGAUGCCGGGGAAGAAGGAGAUUGCUGAUGGUGUGGAUGUGUUGGCUGUUAAUCUGUGA